AUGACUUUCAAACUUGCAUAUGCGAUUCUUGUAGCAGCAUCGACACUCGUGGCCGGUCAAUCUCUACAGGCCGCUCUUCAUACAACAUCAUGGAACUCUACUUUCAAACUCUCGGCAAAACAGCUGGAGCUAGCCAACUUGACCCAGGACAUGGGCGACCAAAUCAACAACAUCAUCAACUUUGAUCGAACCCUGCUCGCGAAUGGUGGCCCUUUUGAGGACGACUUCUAUAGUCUCCCACCUGAUCUAAAAGUUCCAAAGUCUGCCGGUGAACUUAUAAAGCUCCAGGAGUCGACUGACCCUAAAUCUUUCACAAUUCCCGCCCCGACAGCCAUGUCCCGGUUUCUCUAUUCUACCACAAAUAUCAAUGGCACCCUCGUACCUGCUUCAGCGUAUAUCCUUUGGCCAUACACUGCCAAAAAGGUAAAGGGUGUCAAGGGUAAGAAAGUACCUACUGUCGUCUGGACUCACGGUACGUCCGGUUGGUAUCCCUCAGGGGGUCCAUCUACCCAUCGAAGCCUCUUCUACCAGGACUUCGUACCAUACGCACUGGCCCUGGAAGGAUAUGCUGUCAUUGCGCCUGACUAUGCUGGUCUCGGCACUGGAAAGUCUUGGGAUGGGACUGAUGUUCCGCACCAAUAUGGUAUCUAUCAGGCGGGCGGUGCAGAUGCACUCAAUGCCCUGAGGGCUGCUCUGGCUGCGUUUCCGGAGAGGCUCACACAUAACUACGUCAAUAUCGGUCACAGCCAAGGCGGUGCUGUAGGAUGGGGUGUAUCCGAGCUUCUAGCUCAGAAGAAGGGCCAGUUCCAAGAUCUAGUCAAGGGCCAUCUCGGCACUCUCUUGUUCGCUCCACCUAUAGACGGAUUCGCUCUUCCACCCAAUAGCAUACUUGUCUGGGUUGGCAAGUACCUGAAGCAGGUCUUCCCCGAGUUCGAGCUCGGCGACUGGCUUACGCCAUUGGGCAUCGAUCGAGUCAAGCUCUUCAACGAGGUCGAGGGAUCGCAGAUGGUCAGCCAGUUUCUCUUCGAGCCCGAGGAGGCAAUCGUCCAGCCCGACUGGAAGGAUACUUGGGCAGUUCCAGCCCUCAGGCAGCUAUCUACCCCGGGCAAAAAGCCCUGGAAGGGACCUAUGCUGGUUAUCCAUGGCGACAAAGAUCCAGCAGUAAGCUACAACACCUCGUUAGUCGUUGCCGAAGAAACAUGCAAGAAAUACCACGGCGACCUUGAGCAUAUGCGUGUCCCUGGAGUUGGACAUUUCCCUAGUAUGUAUGCGACCCGAGGCAUCUAG